GUCACUAACCCCGCCCUGCCGGUGAGGUCACUAACUCCGCCCCGGAGUCGGCAGUCACGUUGCGGAGCGGUAACAUCCAGACACCAUGGGGCGCUCAUCGAAGGACAAACGAGAUAUCUAUUACCGCUUAGCCAAAGAGGAAGGAUGGAGAGCUCGCAGCGCAUUCAAACUACUGCAGCUCGAUGAAGAAUACAGACUAUUCCGCGGGGUUCACAGAGCCGUGGAUCUAUGUGCUGCUCCUGGCAGUUGGAGUCAAGUUCUUAGCAGGAAACUGCGUGGUUCUGAAGAUCAGGAAUCGGAGGCGAAGAUUGUGGCUGUGGAUCUGCAAGCUAUGGCUCCUCUGCCUGGAGUAAUCCAGAUUCAGGGAGAUAUCACAAAGGUUUCCACAGCCCAUGAAAUCAUCCGUCACUUCGAGGGGCAGUCGGCAGACCUGGUGGUAUGUGACGGGGCUCCAGAUGUGACUGGAUUGCACGAUAUAGAUGAGUAUAUCCAGGCUCAGCUCCUGUUGGCAGCCCUAAACAUCACCACUCAUGUGCUGUGUCGUGGGGGUACCUUUGUUGCUAAGAUUUUCCGUGGAAAGGAUGUGACCCUCUUGUAUUCACAGCUGAAAAUCUUCUUCCGAGAGGUGACGUGCGCUAAACCUCGAAGCAGCCGUAACUCUAGUAUUGAAUCCUUUGUUGUCUGUCAAGGUUACUGUCCCCCGGAAGGCUAUGUCCCUAACAUGUCCAACCCCCUGCUGGACCAUUGCUAUAAUGUGGAUUUUAACCAGCUGGAAGGCCCUAAUCGUGUGAUUGUGCCGUUUCUGGCCUGUGGAGAUCUAAGCGCUUAUGAUUCAGACAGAACGUACCCCCUCCAGUUGGAGACUGGGAAAGAAUACAGUUACCUCCCCCCCACACAGCCCCCCAUCUGUCCCCCAUACCAGGAGGCCUGCUUCCUAAAGAGAAACAACCUGCUAUCUAAGGAGAGGCACUCUGCCCCAUCAGACGAGACCCCACCUGGGACUGCCAGUCAGGAAGUGGAUCCGCCAGUCUCCUAAUGUGGCUUUUAAUAUUGUACAAAUAACAUUUGUUUUCUGAUAUUUAUCAUUGUUUUAUUUCUGUAAAAUAAAGAUGUUUUAAACAAAA